AUGACUCGAACAGAUCCAGCACACGACUACUACCAGAUCCUCAAUCUCCCCUUCCCAGAGACCUCGGCCGAGUCGUUUUCAAAUCAGCAGAUCAAGCUGGCGUACCACCGUGCCCUACUCAGGCAUCACCCUGACAAAGCGGGAGCGGGGGAAACCGACUUGAAGGCAACGCCCUCUGCCUCUGCCUCUGCCUCUACUGCAGCAAAUCCGGUUUCAAUAACAUAUACGAUCGACCAGAUUACAGCAGCGUAUAAAACGCUUUCGAGCCCUUCCCUGCGCGCCGAGUACGACCGGACCCUCCGGCUCGACCGUUUAAAGUCCGCGGGGCGCGAGAAAGCAGCAGACAUAUUCCACACGGGAUUGGAGACUGUCGAUCUGGAAGACCUAUCGUGCGAAGAUGGCGAGGAGGACAAUGAUGAUACGGAGACUUGCUGGUAUCGCAGCUGCCGGUGCGGUGACGAGAGAGGCUUCCUCGUCCGCGAAAGCGAUCUGGAAAGGGAGGCAGAGCAUGGCGAGAUCGUCAUCGGGUGUCGCGGAUGUAGUCUCUGGAUGAAGAUUUUGUUUGCCGUCGAAGAUGGAUGA